AUGGAUGGAAAAGAUCCUUUUCCCACCAACGAGAUUGUUGAUAUCCUCAGUGAGUUCAACGCAAGUUCUGUUCCAAGUAGAAGCAAUCUUCAAAAAAUAUUGAAGCAGGUCUCCUUGUCAGAAGUAAUCCACAAGCCUUUCUUUAUUCUGUCAAAGAUGAGGCAAGGGAUGGGCAAUUUCUGGAAUGAUGUGGCAAAAGAUGAAAUCGAGGAACUGUACCGUAAAGCCUCCCGAGACCCCCAAAAUGUCGUUUCAUGUCUCGACUUUAACGUGCAAGACAAGAAAGAGGAACAAGUUAGCAGAUGGCUGGUACGAUUUCUGAAGGGAGCAAAUCCAAAGCUACUGGGCCAAUUUUUGAGGUUCUGUACCAGAACUGACAUUUUAUGGCCAGGAAAGCGAAUACAAGUCCGUUUUGGGAGUAUGUCUGAAUUGGCCAUGAGGCCCAAAUCGAAAACAUGCUUA